AAAACAAUUUUAAGAUGGCGGCGGCGGCAGCGCGGAAAACAAUGGGGUCGGGGCGGCGGGGACAGGCCGCGGCCUGAGGUGGGCAGCGAGCAUCGGCCAGGGGUCGGGCGGAGCGGGCAGGAGGACGGUCCGCCGCUGCGCGCGAGCCCGCUCCGCAGGCCGCAGGAGCAUGGCGCGGCCGUGAGGCAGACAGGGGCCGCGGCGGGGAGCGCAGCGCGCAGUGCCAGCCGGCCCCGAGAGGCCGGGCCCUGGGCCCGGCCCGAGCAGCCCGCGGCUCAUGGUGCUGCCCACCUGCCCCAUGGCGGAGUUCGCGCUGCCACGGCACAGCGCGGUCAUGGAGCGCCUCCGCCGGCGCAUCGAGCUGUGCCGGCGCCACCACAGCACCUGCGAGGCCCGCUACGAGGCCGUGUCGCCCGAGCGCCUGGAGCUCGAGCGCCAGCACACCUUCGCCCUGCACCAGCGCUGCAUCCAGGCCAAGGCCAAGCGCGCCGGCAAGCACCGGCAGCCGCCCGCCCCGGCCCCGGCGCCCGCCCCGGCCCCGGCGCCUGCCCCGGCCGCGCGCUUGGAUGCCGCCGACGGCCCUGAGCUCGGCCGCCCGGGCGCGCAUCUUCACGACACGGUGAAGAGGAACCUCGACAGCGCCGCCUCCCCGCAGAACGGAGACCAGCAGAAUGGCUACGGGGACCUCUUUCCCGGGCACAAGAAGACCCGCCGGGAGGCCCCCCUGGGCGUCACCGUCUCUGCCAACGGACUGCCCCCAGCCUCCCCUCUGGGCCAGCCUGACAAGCCCUCCGGGGGUGAUGCCCUGUCGACCGCCGGGAAGCACUCCCUGGGGCUGGAUGCCAUCAACAAGAAGUGUCUGGCGGACGCGAGCCUCCACUUGAAUGGAGGCGGUAACCCCAGUGAGCCGUUUCCCCUGAGCCUGGGCAAAGAACUGAAGCAGGAGCCUGUGGACGACCUGCCCUGCAUGAUCACGGGGGCUGGGGGCUCCAUAUCGCAGAGCAACCUCAUGCCCGACCUCAACCUGAACGAGCAGGAGUGGAAGGAGCUCAUCGAGGAGCUGAACAGGUCUGUGCCUGACGAGGACAUGAAGGACCUGUUCAAUGAGGACUUUGAGGAGAAGAAGGACCCAGAGGCUUCAGGUUCCGCCCCUCAGACCGCCCUGGCCCAAGACAUCAGUAUUAAGACAGAAUUCUCCCCGGCAGCCUUCGAGCAGGAGCAGUUAGGCUCUCCGCAAGUGAGGGCCGGGUCUGCUGGACAGACCUUCCUGGGGCCUUCGUCUGCCCCUGUGAGCACAGAUCCCUCCAGCCUCGGGGGCUCGCAGCCCCUGUUCCACACUUCUGCUCAGCCCGGGGUGGACACUCCCAGUCCAAACCUGCUGCCGGCAUCAGCCCAGGCCCAGAAUGCACAGAGAGCCCUGGCGAGUGUGGUGUUACCUGGUCAGGGGCCGGGAGGUGGCUCCGAGCUGUCGUCCGCCCACCAGCUCCAGCAGAUCGCUGCCAAGCAGAAGCGGGAACAGAUGCUCCCCACCCCGCAGCAAGCCACUCCGGCCCCAGCCCCAGGCCAGAUGUCCACAUGGCAGCAGACAGGGCCCUCCCACAGUCCCUUAGAUGUCACUUACCCCAUGGAGAAGCCCGCCAGCCCUCCCAGCUACAAGCAAGACUUCACCAACCCCAAACUGCUCAUGAUGCCGGGUGUGAACAAGAGCUCCCCUCGGCCCGGAGGCCCCUUCCUCCAGCCCGGCCACGGAAACCUGCUGAGUCACCAGCCACCAAACAACUUGAAUCAGAACUCAGUGAAUAACCAGGGGUCAGUGCUAGACUACGGCAACACAAAGCCCCUUUCUCACUACAAGGCGGACUGCGGGCAGGGCGGCCCCGGGUGUGGCCAGAGCAAGCCAGCACUCAUGGCUUACCUGCCCCAGCAGCUGCCUCAUCUGAAUAAUGAGCAGAACCCUUUGUUUAUGAUGAAACCAAAGCCAGGAAGUAUGCCCUUCCGAUCGCUGGUUCCACCCAGCCAGGAGCAGAACCCUUCCAGCGUGCCCGUGCCAGCCCAGGCCCCCGGCGUCGGGACCCAGCAGCCUGCCGUGUCUGUGGCCAGCACCCACAGCAGCUCCCAGUAUCUCAGCAGCCAGCAGCAGGCCGCUGUGAUGAAGCAGCACCAGCUGCUUCUGGACCAGCAGAAGCAGAGGGAGCAGCAGCAGAAGCAUCUGCAGCAGCAGCAGCAGUUCCUGCAGAGGCAGCAGCAGCUCCUGGCAGAACAAGAGAAGCAGCAGUUUCAGCGCCAUCUGACCCGCCCACCACCCCAGUACCAAGACCCAACGCAGAGCCCCUUCCCACAGCAGGUGGGGCAGUUCACAGGGCCCUCCGCGGCCGCGCCCGGCAUGAACAACCUGGGCCCAUCCAGCUCCAGCUGCCCUCGAGUGUUCCCGCAGGCUGGGAAUCUGAUGCCAAUGGGAGCUGGACACACUGCCGUGUCCUCUCUCCCCUCAAACCCAGGCCAGCAGGAGCGGGGGGUGGCCCCGUUCGCCAGCUCACAGGGCAUGCCUCCCAGCAGCCUCUACGGCAUGGCCUCUGGCAUCACCCAGAUCGUCGCCCCACCCCCGCCCCAAGCCACCAAUGGACACGGCCACAUCGCACGGCAGACUGGCGUGGGCCAGAAUGCCUCUGUCUCAGCUGCCUAUGGACAGAACUCUAUGGGGAACUCGGGCCUCUCCCAGCAGCACAAUAAGGGAACCCUGAACUCUGGCUUAAGUAAGCCGCAGGUCCCACGGGUGUCAGCAGCCAUGGGAGGCCAGAAUCCCUCGUGGCAGCAUCAGGGAAUGCCAAACUUGAGUGGCCAGAGCCCGGGAAGCAGCACCGUCAGCCCCUUCACCGCGGCCUCCAGCUUCCACAUGCAGCAGGCCCACCUGAAGAUGUCCAGCCCACAAUUCUCCCAGGCCAUGCCCAGCAGGCCCAUGGCUCCCAUGAGCUCGGCAGCUGCAGCAGGCGCCAUGCUGCCCCCGGCGAGCUCCCAGCAGAGGACCAGUGCCCCCGCGGCGCCCCAGGCGGCCCCACAGCAGGGCCUGCCAGGCCUGAGCCCAGCGGGGCCUGAGCUCGGGGGCUUCAGCCAGAGCCCUGCCUCCCAGAUGGGCAGCCGGGCGGGCCUGCACUGCGCCCAGGCCUACCCCGUGCGGACCGCAGGCCAGGAGCUGCUUGCCUACAGCGGGCAACCAGGUGGCAGCGGGCUGUCCAGUGUGGCCGGACACACUGACCUCAUCGACUCCCUGCUGAAGAACAGGACUUCGGAGGAGUGGAUGAAUGAUUUGGAUGACCUUCUAGGGUCUCAGUAAGGAGGGACUGGCGCUGUCUGUAGUGUUCCUAUAUUUUUGUUCUCAGAUUCAAGAACAACUACUUUGGACCAAAAGUUCAUGGCCCAGGAUGCUGGCCAGGAAGAGCCUGGGCCUGGCUGAGCUCCCCCACCCCUCCCCAGUCAGGGUGUGCAGGGCUCCUGGCCCAUCGGCUGGUCCCCGCCCACCUGCUGGCAGCAGGCUGGCGUUGGGACAGCAGGGUGGGCCUCGCCCCGUGGUUUUCUAAGUGACCAAAAGCCCGCAGCAGCAGUGAAGCCCAGGAGGUGGGGCCUGUGGGAACUGUCAGUGUUCACUUCAUCCCAGCUUUCUCCACUUGCCCGGUGCUGUGGACAGGUUUUUGUUGAAACUUUAUAUAGCAUACUUGUUUUUGCAGUUUAUAGCAUAGAAAAAAAAGAUUUUUUUUUUUUUUAAUUUUAGAAAGGUUUGUAAACAGCUUAGGAUAAGUGGUGUUCUAAUUUGAUUAAGCGGCCUCCAGGAACCCAGGGCUUCCUUUUCACUGAGAGCCUUUUUGAUUCCUCUUUAUCAGCCCUCAGGGGAGGAGGAGGGUCGCUGGGAACCGUCUUCGGGAGGGCCCCUCGGGCUCCUCCCCGCAGCUCCAGGCCCCGCCCCCUCCCGGGCGGCUCUCACUGUAGACCGCGGGGCGCUGGAGGCGGGCCUCGGGGUGCCUGUAGCUGCGCGGCGGCUGGAAACCUGGUUACGUGGUGGGGGCGUGGCAUCCUCUGGUGUGCGCAGGUGUCUUCCCUUCGCCUGUCUUCGUGUCCUGCGACCAUUCUGUCGUCUUCCCCUGUGCCUCUCCGGCCAAAGUGGGAAACGGUGGUUGCUAUUGGAAGGGGGUGGGGAAGAGCCGUUCAGGUUCUUGGGGGAGCCUGGCGUCGCGAAGCUGGGGCAGGGGGCCGCAGGCCGCCCGGGAGGAGCCCCCGCUGCGCUGAGGCCCUCUGCUCUUCACACCGUGACUUGCACUUUCAUAGAGAUCGCUUUAUAACACUAACACGCCCUCAGACUCAAGCGGGCUCUCCCCCCCCCCUUUUUUUUUGGUCUAUGAAUUAAUGGACUUGACUGAGCUGAGGGGUCCGUGGGAACGGAAGAUGGAGGGGCCCAGGGCGCCUCCCCCCGCCUCGUACCAGGAGUACCGCGGCUGAGAGCUGAGCCAAGGAGGGGCCCGGACGGGUUGUGCACACUUGCUGAUGAGCUGUUUUGCACCACAGUGCCUUGUUCGCUGGGGGUAGUCAGGCCCUCAAGAUCUCAAGUAGCCAUUUGCCAGCUCCCCCACCCCAGUGGCCAGAUCUCAGCUUAGCCUUCGGAAAUCCCCGCCCCGGCCGCUGAGCAGGUGCCCCAGCGGGAAGGGGAGGACGGUGACGUCAGCAGACUUUCUACCAAAAACGGGCGGAGGCUGGCUGGCUCCCGCGGCUGCCCGCUGGCCUCGCCCGCUGCCUUACCGCUGAGGCCGCCGCACAGACGGGGCUUCUCGUUGCUGCAGUGUCCUAGCAAUAAAAUGUGACUCUUGGGGUCCCCCGGGGAGCUGCCCGUGGCUUUAUUUAUGAAUCUGGUUUUGGGGAGCUAGGGGGAGAGCCGAGGGUCCGUGCACAUCCCCUGCCCCCCUUCCCCCCGAGCCACGACUCAGAAGAAAAGGGUGCUUGGACUUUCUACACAUUCGCUUUGUGUAAAUAAAUGUUUACAGUUUUAUAUUAAAGAUGGAAUAAGCGUUAGAGCUUCCGACUGUAUAUUUUUUACUUUUAUAGAUUUUAAAACUAUGAUCCUUUAUAUAUGUGUUUGGGGGGGCUGUGAUAAGUUUUAUGGCAAACAGUUGGUAUUGUUAACUUUUUAUUGUCAUCAAAAGUACAUAAAAGUCCUAAUAAUCCCCUUAUUCUUCUACUGCCCUUAACCCUGGUAUACACCAAAAAGAAAUCUUUACUUUCCUUGUUUUAUCAUUAUAAAAAUAAUAAAAGUAUUUUGCUAGU